AUGUCAGGAAGUCACCCACCAUAUCCAGACGAGCUCGCGCGCCAAAGACGGCGGCUGGUCGGGAAAGGCUGGCGAAUGGAAGAGGAAGACCCAAAGGCGGACGAUGAUCGAAAGAAUGGGGGGUUGCAUCGCAUCUACUCUCACCGAAACUGGCUCGCAAACGGACACAAGUCCGUUCAAGGCACCGUUAGCCGUCCUCGUCUCCUGCUCCGGAUAGCCUUGGCCCAUGGGGGGACAUUCAGUUUACAUUGGCAGCAUGGAGGCUUCACAAACCUGCAAGCCCGCCGUUUCAACAAUCUUCAGCGGCGGUUAGAUGGCUGGUCAGCCUCCUCAGCCCAUCUGCAAGUCCUCAUUGCGUGA